GUAAUCUUGACGGUAACUAUUUGGAUGUACAGCCUCUGCUCUUAGGGUCAUGUAUGCUGCUUUGAAUUCUCCACAGCAACUUACAAAAUGGAGUGGGACUGCUGGGGAUCCUUGUGGAGAAUCUUGGAAGGGCAUUACAUGCUCGGGAUCCAAAGUGACAGAAAUAAAAAUAUCGGGACUUCAGCUCAGUGGUAAUACGGGAUACCUGCUAAAGAGUUUGUCGUCCUUAACAACUUUCGAUAUAAGCAAUAAUAAUCUUGGAAACCAAAUUCCUUAUGAUCUUCCUCCAAAUCUGCAGCGACUAAAUCUUGCUGGCAAUGGCUUCAGUGGUGGCCUCCCCUAUUCAAUUUCUCUGAUGCCUUCCUUGAAAUACCUCAACGUCAGUCACAAUCAAAUUCAGGGUCAACUGAAUGACAUGUUUGGGUCGCUUUCUGCUCUCUCCACAUUGGAUUUGUCUUUUAAUGGUAUAACGGGUGAUCUUCCACAGAGUUUACACUCGCUGACGAGUAUGACUGAUAUGUCUCUGCAAAACAAUCAGUUUACGGGUACCAUCGACGUUCUUGCAAAUCUUCCCCUUGAAAAUCUGAAUGUUGAAAAUAACCAUUUUAGUGGAUGGAUUCCGCAGCAGUUAAAAGACAUAAAUCUACAAAUGGGUGGUAAUUCAUGGAGCUCAGGGGCGGCUCCUCCACCUCCACCUGGGACACCUCCUGCCAGCCGGCCUAACCGAAAUCACAAGUCUGGAGGAAAUAGUGGCUCUUCCCAUGGGGGAGGUGAUGGGAGCAAAUCUGGUAUAGGUGCUGGUGGUGUAGUAGGAAUUAUUAUAUCUAUUUUGGUUGUUGGAGGUAUAGCAGCAUUCUUCAUUAUAAAGAGACGAUCCAGAAAGCAAUCCAUGGAUAUUGAAAAGCCUGAAAAACAGCCUUUUGCUCCUUUUGCUUCGCAAGAAGUGCAAGGUGCAUAUGUUUACAUUUGUGCAUUAAUAUUACUUAGUGAAUCAAUGUCUGAAGCCAUUUUGAGUCGCUUAUUAUUAUCUUCACAAGAAUUAGACUAUUUAACAGAUUAAAGAAAUCUUGGUAUG